AUAACCUAACUUUUGAGUCAAAUAUUUUGACAGUUGUUUGUUUUGAAUUUGAAUACUAACUAAACGGACAAAAAUUUAAGUGGUGUAUUAGUUAUUUUUGUUAUUGAUAAAUUAACGCAAAUAUGAACAAACCUAAAGACAAGAAUAUGUCGAAAAAUGUUAACCAGAGAAUGCAACGAAUAGGUUGUAACUCAGCAACAUCAAAAAAUUCCAAUCAACUUGUUAAAAAAACUCUUGUAAGAAACACUGAAAAACCUAAACCAGUAACUAAAGUUAUCAAAAACAAUAUCACGCCAGGUCGAAGUGAGCCCUCUGAAAGCAAAUCGGUCCAAGUUCCUGAACCAAUAAAGAAGAUUGAAUCAUUUGAAUUUCCUGAGCAUUACACCACCCUGAAUCUGUUCAAAAAAAUCGAUUCCAUUACUAAAUAUCGGAAAACCAAAAGUUGUUCGGAUGCUGAUUAUAAAAAUUUAGCUGUUGAUGAAAAGGUAAAACAAGUUAACUUUCCAUAUAGCCAACCAUUAUACAAAGACCUACUGCCCUUAAGAUGUGAUAAACCUCGAACUCAACCAUUUGCAGCUUCUAGAAAUCCACUACCACAAAAGGACAAAGAAUUACUUCUUGCUGAUUUUGUUCAACCUAGAAAUAUUCCAAACUAUUAUAGUAUACCUAGUAUAGAUAUUAAUGACAAAAUUACUCCUUGUAGAAAUACUAAUUUAAGAUUAUAUAAACUCUUACAAAUUAAUUCCAGUUAAAAAAUAAGUAAUAGUAAACAAAUUAAAAUUAUUGUAUCCAAAGAA